AUGUCUAUACAAUUAAGUGAAAAUUUAAACGCCACAACUGCUACCAAUUUAGUAACAAAAUUACCACAAAUGAUGCAUCACAAUACAGUGAUGCUGCAGACACAACAGCAGUCCCAUCAUCAUGAACAGCAACAGACUCAAACUCAAACUAAUUCUGCAAACUCACCCACAACAAUGAUCUCAUCGAAAACUCCAUUUUCCAUAGAACAUAUUUUAUGUCAAAAUUUAAACAAUAAUAAUAAUAACAAUCAAAAUAAUAAUAAUAACCACAGUGUUUUAAAUAAAUUAAAAUCUUCGUCUAAAAAUUCUUUAAAAUCAGCUGCAAGUGAUAGUGAUAAAUUAAAAAAUACAUCACUGCCAUCAAGUGAAUAUAAUAAUAAUAAUAACAACAACAACAAUCACAAUAAUAAUAAUUCUCAUACAAAAUCCCAUUCAAAUAAUCUUAAUAAUCGCCAUGAAUCGGAGGAAUAUCAAAGGAUUAUGCAUAGAGAAAGAACUCACAAAUCCUCCUCAGAACGCUUAACAUCUUCCGGCGCAAGUUCAACAACACCCACACAAGCAUCAUCAACCGCUUCCUCAACGUCAGCGGCAACAACAACACCGUCGUCCUCCAAUUCUUUGCUAAACAGUGUGGCGGCCCACAAUUAUGCACCCGCACAUCAUGCGCAGCCAUCGUCGGUCUUAACCUCACCCACGCAUUCACAUCCUCAUGUAACAGUACCGCCGCCACCACCGCCCAGUAACGUUUUAUAUCCCAGUGCAGCCUAUAGUGAUCAUGGAUUUUUGCAAAUGACUUUGGGUUAUUUGUCGCCCUCGUCGGGUGCCUACAAAUCGGUGGAUCCCUAUUUUUUGUCGCAAGCUGGCCUGUUUGGUGGUGGCCAUUUGUUUGCUGGCGGUUGCAUGCCAGAACUUGCCUUGGGUUUGGGCAUGGGUGUCAAUGCUUUGCGUCAUUGUCGCAGACGCAAGGCACGCACUGUAUUCAGUGACCCUCAAUUGUCGGGUUUGGAGAAACGUUUUGAGGCUCAAAGAUAUUUAUCGACACCCGAACGUGUAGAGUUGGCCACUUCGUUGGGUUUGAGUGAAACACAAGUGAAGACAUGGUUUCAAAACCGACGCAUGAAACAUAAAAAACAAUUGAGACGAAGGGAUGUCAUGAAUGAACCCGUUGAUUUUUCACGUACCGAAGGAGCUGCAACUAACAGCAAUAAUGGCGCUGUUAGCAGUAAUGGCAACAAUAAAAAUGGCUCCUCAACGUCAUUAUCCACAUCUACCACAUCCUCUUCAUCGCAUGGCAACAAUAACAACAACAACAGUAACACAGGAAGUACUCACAAUGAAGGCAAAUCCUUACACUCAAAUUCUUCCAACUCCCACCAUCCCCACUCUCACCAUUCCCAUCACCCUCAUCAUCAUCACUCCCAACAGCAGCAUCAUCAUCAACUGCAAAUCUUACGCAACAUGUCAAAUGGUCAUAAUUUAGAGGGUGGUGUGGGUUUCUUGCAUCACGAUUACUCCACCGACGAUUAUUCGGAUUUGGAUGAUGACGAUAUGGAUGAUGAGGAGGGCAGUGAUGUUGAUAUUAUGGGUGAUACAAAGUUGUAUAAUUUAACAUAAUACACGCACAAUUUCUAAGUCAGCACAGAGAUGAUUCUGAAUUGAAAUGUAAA